AUGACGGGCGCUCCGCCGUACAACGCCCAGUCCCCGACGCAGCAGCAUCGGUUCGCUGCUUACAGCUCGCCGACCAAGAGCCACCCUUAUUACCCAAACAAUGAGCAGCAGCAGCAGCAAUACCCGCAACACCCGCCCCAGACUCCCCCGGCCUUCGGCCCUUCGUCCGUCGCGCGCAGUCCUCGCUUCGCGCACGCGUCUUCGCCGUUGCCCGCCACACUGCCUCCACCCUUGAAUGGCGCCGCGUCAUCUCAUCCGUCUCACCCGGAGUCUUCGUCGCAAUACCAGGGCCACUCUGCCAGUGGCACUCCCGGGCUCCCGCUUCCGCGGCCCUUUUCGAGUUCCGUGCUUCCCGGCAACGGUGCCUCGCCCUACGGACCGUCAACACCUCAUGGCCAUCCCACUCACACCGAUGGCCAUUCACAAUCGCCAACGAGGGUUUCUGAAUCGCCGUAUCGGAUGAGAGGAAAUGAUGCCUCAUACGCGACUUCAGUGAUGCGGGAGCCGAGGCCGGCAUCGCCCCAGGAAUCGAAGCCCGCGCGGGCUGCCGACCCCAUGUCCUUCGCGAGUAUUUUGUCUGGACCGACAGAAGACCAGCCAUCCCGAAAACCGUCCCCUCCCCCUCUAGCUCCAGCCGCCGCUCCCGCGUCGCACCCUCCCGUUUAUGAUCACCGUCACUAUGAGCCUGGUCCAGCCCCCGGAUCAUUCGCUCCCAAGUUGGAAAAGAGACCAGGUGGAGAAAAACAGAUGGACCUUUCGAGGGGAUCCUUUGCCACCAACGGCUUUGUGAAACCCGAGUCCGACCCGGCAGCUGUGCUGCCUCGUGCACCGCUUCGGAAACCCUUUCCACCGGGUGUCGAUGCGGAGCAGGUGAACCGGGCAGUCAACGAGAUUGACCAGGCUGACAAGAGCGACAUGGAAGGUCCCGGCUUUGACGCGGAUCUGCAGCGGUAUCGGUCGAAGGGACAAAAACGGUCUUCUGAUAGCAGCCGCGCAGAGCAAGCGCGUCGAAAGCGUCGCCGCAAUACCUUCCUGGUCGACCUGGGCAGGUCUUUCGAGAGACAGGCUAUUCUAGGAUCCGAACGAUUCCGUGCACUCAAUGAAGGUUCCGUCAUCGCCGAGGUGCAGCAGAAGGAGGUCCAAGAUGAAAAAGAGCGGAAGAAAGACAUGCAGCGCAAACGCCGCCGUGAGAAUACAGUGCGCCUGGAGAUGCAGAAGAAACUAGAGGCCGAACGCAAGGCGGACGGCGCUCAAGACUCGGCGGAAAAGGCUAAGUUCCUGCGCGAGGCCGAACGGGCCCAGAAAAAGAUCCGAUCUACGAAGCGUGCCCUGGAAGGCGGAAAUGCUCAGGAUGAGCUCGGCGAGGUUACACCCUUGGCACCAAAUCUCGAAGGUGGCACGACCAGCUCGUUCCAUGUUGGUCGGUCGUCCCCCUCGAGACGUCGGUCCGGGCGUGGCGGCCCCGUCACUCGCCCCAAGAAGUCCAAGGAGCAGAAGCAGGCCGAGAAAGAUGCUGCCGAGGCCGCCUACUAUGCCGGGUUGGAUGAUGACUCUCUGUAUUUUACUCCGCGGGACUCGAAGCGGGAUGCCCGCCGCUCCAAGGAGGGCACGCCGAUCUCGCAGUUGCAUUAUGACAGCAAGGGCUACAACCAGAUCUACGAGCAAAUUUGGCGAGACAUCGCUCGCAAGGAUAUCCCCAAGGUCUACCGCAUCAAGACGAUUUCUCUUUCGACUCGCCAAGAAAACCUUCGCAAGACGGCCCAGCUAGCCAGCAAGCAGUCCCGCAAGUGGCAGGAACGGACCAACAAGAGCACCAAGGACACCCAGGCCCGAGCGAAGCGGACGAUGCGCGAAAUGAUGUCCUUCUGGAAGCGCAACGAGCGAGAGGAGCGUGACCUGCGUCGCCUGGCAGAAAAGCAAGAGCUCGAGUCGGCCAAGAAGGCCGAGGCGGAACGCGAGGCCAACCGCCAGAAGCGCAAGUUGAACUUCCUCAUCUCCCAGACCGAGUUGUACUCGCACUUCAUUGGCCGGAAGAUCAAGACGGCCGAGGCAGAAGUAUCCGGGGAUGGGACUGUUGCUGGCACCGAAGAGACUGUCCAGCCAGGCAAGGGGCAGGCACACACCGUCAAUAUUCCCGACAGCGUGGCCAACCCGAGCGCCAAAGUUACCAACUUCGAAGAUUUGGACUUUGAUGCCGAUGACGAGACGGCGUUGCAACAGGCGGCCAUGGCCAACGCGCAGAAUGCCGUGCAGGAGGCCCAGGACCGUGCCCGCGCAUUCAACCAGGAUCAAGGCGGAGAUCAGAUGGCCGCCUUCGAUGAGGGCGAGUUGAAUUUCCAGAACCCGACCAGUCUGGGUGAUAUCGAAAUCUCGCAGCCUACAAUGUUGACCGCCCAGUUGAAGGAAUACCAGCUCAAAGGUCUCAACUGGCUCGUUAACUUGUAUGAGCAGGGCAUUAAUGGUAUCCUGGCAGACGAGAUGGGUCUGGGUAAGACCAUCCAGUCCAUCUCCGUCAUGGCGUACCUGGCCGAGUUCCACAACAUCUGGGGACCUUUCCUGGUCAUUGCGCCCGCAUCGACACUGCACAACUGGCAACAGGAAAUCGCCAAGUUUGUCCCAAACAUCAAGGUACUGCCCUACUGGGGUAAUGCCAAGGACCGCAAAAUUCUUCGCAAGUUCUGGGACCGCAAACACAUCACCUACAACCGCGAUUCGGAGUUUCAUGUUCUCGUGACUUCUUACCAGCUGGUCGUUCUCGAUGCGCAGUACUUCCAGAAGGUGAAAUGGCAAUACAUGAUUCUGGACGAGGCUCAAGCCAUCAAGUCAUCGCAGAGUUCCCGGUGGAAGCAUUUGCUGGGCUUCUCCUGCCGCAAUCGUUUGCUAUUGACCGGUACCCCCAUUCAAAACAACAUGCAGGAAUUGUGGGCCCUGCUACACUUUAUCAUGCCAUCCUUGUUCGAUUCUCAUGAUGAGUUCAGCGAGUGGUUCUCCAAGGACAUUGAGUCUCAUGCCCAGAGUAAUACCAAGCUCAAUGAAGACCAGCUUAAGCGUCUUCACAUGAUCUUGAAACCUUUCAUGCUUCGCCGUGUCAAGAAGCACGUCCAACAGGAGCUCGGCGACAAGGUGGAGAAAGACAUCUUCUGCGACCUGACGUACCGUCAGCGAGCGAUGUACGCCAAUCUGCGGAACCGCGUGAGUAUCAUCGACCUCAUCGAGAAGGCUGCCGUGGGCGAUGAUACCGAUAGUACGACCCUGAUGAACCUUGUCAUGCAAUUCCGCAAGGUCUGCAACCAUCCCGAUCUGUUCGAGCGUGCAGAGACCAAAUCUCCGCUCUCGGCCGCAUACUUCGCCGAGACCGCAUCGUUCGUCCGCGAGGGCCAUUUUGUCGAUGUCCGCUAUUCUACUAAGAAUUUGAUCGAAUACGAACUACCACGUCUUCUCUGCAGCUCUGCCGGACGUGUCGAUGUUGCCGGUCCUAAUAACGAGCGCGCUGGUUUCCGGGGCAAAUACCUCUCGCACCUAAUGAACAUCUGGGCACCAGAAAACAUCCAGCAGAGCGCCCGGGAGAAUGGUGCAUUUUCCUUCUUGCGGUUCAUUGAUACGUCUGCUGGAGAAGCCAGUGAAUUGUCUCGUCUUGGUGUCUUCGAACGUGCGGAUCGCCAGCGCGCUCAGCCAAACCGACUGUCCCACCUGAACCUGGUCUACGAAGGCGAGGACAGCGCGCCCCUGGCGAAUGCGGUGCUUCCUCAAUCGAUGCUGAAUAUCGUCGAUCGCAACGAUCGUCGGGCUGCCCGAGACAUUGCCGUCGAAGGCCGGAUGCGUGAUCUGAUGAGUGUCUCUCGUACUGCGUUUGAAAACGAAGGCCUCCCCCUCAUCGAGCCGUGUGCCGCCCCCGCAGCCUCAGCGCCUCCGAUCAUACUAUCCAGCGCCAAUCAAUCGGCAUGGCGGGAUGUCCAAAGCACAUUGUUCAACCCCCAUGUCCGACAGGCACUUUUCAACAUACCAAACAAGCAAGUCGACCAAGAGGUCCUCGUGAACAAGGUCGACCCAAAGGCCUACUCGCAGCCGCCUAUGCUCCCAUCGCCACUCUCGCUGAAGGGACGCUAUACUCAUAUCGAAGUGCCGUCUAUGCGGCGCUUCGUGACCGAUUCGGGCAAACUGGCCAAACUAGACGAGUUGCUACGGGGGCUCAAGGCUGGCGGGCAUCGUGUCCUGCUGUACUUCCAAAUGACACGCAUGAUCGACCUGAUGGAAGAGUACCUGACCUACCGGAACUACAAGUACUGCCGACUCGACGGAAGCACCAAGUUGGAGGACCGUCGCGACACCGUCGCCGACUUCCAGCAGCAUCCCGAGAUCUUUGUGUUCUUACUGUCUACCCGUGCUGGUGGAUUGGGUAUCAACCUGACGGCGGCCGACACGGUCAUCUUCUACGAUUCGGACUGGAACCCCACCAUCGACUCGCAAGCCAUGGAUCGUGCGCAUCGUUUGGGUCAAACCCGGCAGGUUACGGUAUAUCGUCUCAUCACUCGCGGUACCAUCGAGGAACGAAUUCGCAAGCGUGCCUUACAGAAGGAAGAGGUGCAGCGUGUCGUCAUCACGGGUGGUGCGGCUGGCGGUGUCGACUUCAACACCCGCACCCGCGAGAACCGCACCAAGGACAUCGCUAUGUGGCUUGCAGACGACCAAGAGGUCGAGUUGCUCGAGCAGAAAGAAAAGGAGGCUCUCGAGCGUGGCGAAAUGAAAGAAGCCGCCAAAGGCGGAAAGAAGGCUGCCCAGAAGCGGAAGCGCGAUCUCACGUUGGAUGAUAUGUAUCAUGAAGGUAAGCCUGAUGUGUCUACUAUCUUUGAUCUUCAGGGAGCGGUUACUGAUUUCUGUGUCUCUACAGGCGAGGGUAACUUUGACGACGCAAGCGCCAAGCCUUCGGGGGCAGCAACUCCCAUGUCCGAGAAUGUUGAACCGCCGUCGUCGACGCCCGCCAAACGCGGUCGGGGGCGUGGUCCUGGCAAAGGCACCUCCAAGCGUGCCAAGACGACCAAAGAGCGUCUGCGCUUGAUUGACGGCGACGGCGGACUCAGCUAA